AUGAAACCUGUGCGGCUUAAACGUCAACAUCAGGUCUCUGCUGCUAACGACUGUGGCUUUGAGUCUCCGCUUACAUAUGAGGACCUACUAGCAGCACCGUUAGCUGCCGUCAAACUGGCCGAAGGUGGCGAUUUCCCACGUCUUUUAAUGACUUUGGCUCUGCGUCCACGACUAGCCAGGGAUACUGACGCUUUUGGCAUGACAGCGCUGCACUGGGUCUGUAGCAAGCCAACGGUGUCGCCUCGUGUAGUGCUUACGGUGGCCCGCGCGCACCCGGCAGCUGCCACUACUCGCAAUUUAGCAGGGCUGUUGCCACUGCACUUGGCCGUGAGAAAACGACUUGUCCUGGAAGCCAUUCAAGCGCUGCUACACGUAUAUCCACAGGCCAUUGAUGUGCGCACGCCUGACGGUAAGACGUCACUUAUGUUGGCGAAGCAGAGGCCUACGGCGUCCAGUGCAGUGCUUACUCUGUUGGAAGUGCUGGAAGCUCACACGAGGACAGAGUUGCCGUCGUCCGUAAUGUUACCAACGUCGCAGUGGCCCGCUUCAAAGCCAAAGAUGAAGAAGAAGCAACAGCAGCAGCUACAGAAAUAUUGGAACAGGGAGAAAGAAAACAUGAGAAUGUCCGACGGGUUUCGUCCAUCAAGGUCUUCAACUCAGGAAGAGACUCUUGCUGCCAUGAUGGCACCACAUGUACCGCCUCCGAGAUGGGAAUUAGCAUCAAGAUGUAGGCUAUGUGCUGCUACAUUUGGAUACUUUAGAACAAGACACCAUUGCCGUAAUUGUGGUGCGUCAGUAUGUGGACGCCACUCGAGACAUCGUGUGCCGUUAAAACAUCUUGGACUUUGUCAACCUCAGAGAGUGUGUGAAUGUUGCUUUGGCGAGCUCCAGAACCAAUUUAAUAUGCGAAACGUAGAGCAUGCAAUGCGCAUGGGAGAGACGUACCCGUCCAUUGACAACCGCGAAUCGAACAGCAUUUAUUCCACCAACUCGAUGAGUUUGCGCGCUCGUUACCGACUACGUAGUAAAUCUGUUUACAGUGAACCGGCGCAACGCCAGGGGUCGACUAGGUGGCGCUAUGACUGCGAUAACAACGACAGUGAGGCCACUACGAAUGGCUUUACUCCUGUAUCAACGCUACGAAAUUGGAAUACUGCAUCUUCGGAAGUUGUCGAGUCUUUGCAAUCAAAUAUUGGCUCUAUGUUUGCAUCUGUCGCAUCCAAGCAGCAGACAGUACUUGAUUGUCGACCUGUGUUGCGCGAGCAGCACGAGCACUCAAUAGUGUUGGAGACUGCCCGACGUAGGAGUAGACAAGAGAGGUCUCGUCCACAUUCUUCUGCUCUAGACAAGUCGCUGCAUGUGCAACGGCUGUCUGAAGUGGAGAAGGAGGACGAUAAGAAGGAGAUGAACCAGCGAAUGCAACAACUAGCGGCUGCUAAGCGCGAGCUUGGAGAAGUUAUGUGGCACGAUGAGGAGAACAAUUCUCAGGCACGCCGCGAAAAGCUUGAGCAAGAUACCGUUGUCACCAAAUACAGACGAGACGAAAAUUCCAGUCCUCAAGAAGACGAAGAUGAGGACGAGGAGGCAGAAAUUGCGGCAACAUUUGCGUUUUUGAAUGGUGGUCGAAGAAUGAGCUGCACUGCAGACCUUCUUGGUGAAUUCGAUCCACCGCUUCAUGUGGCUAGCGUGCACCACAAAUUGGGUGAGAUUUUAUUGAACAAAGGAGAUUUCACUGGAGCUGUUGUGGAAUUGCGGCGCAGCGUUGAGCUUGGUAAUAGCAAUGCAGUUGCCUGGCUAUAUUUGGCAAAAGCCCUGGACGGUUUGGGUACGGAUAGCAAAGCUGCUGAGGAGGCUGUUCGUCGUGCUUUAGAGUUGGACCCAGCUUCAAUCGGAGCUUUGUCCCUCUUAGGCAAGCUACUGCAUUUACGAGGAGACCAUGACGAUGCUAUUCUAGUCUUUCGUGAAGCACUGAAGCUGCAGUGCCCGACUGGCAAUCUUCCUGGUCAUAUCGUGGAAAAUGGUACUAAUUCAUCAAGCGUUACUAUGUAA